GGCCCCGAAAUCCGGCGCGCAAAACCGUCGUCAGCGACAAGUAAAAGAAACCAACGCCCCGAACCCGUCACACCAGAAAGCGUUGCCGAUCGCCGAGCUCGAAAAUGGAGGAGGCAAAAGCGGCGGCGUACUAUGACGAGCUGACUCGGCGGGGCGAAGGAGCCGCCAGAUUCAAACAAGGCCUCGGCUUCUCUUCGGCAAACUCGGAUUCCGAAAAUGCCUCUGAGCGCGGCUCAGCGCUGCCGUAUUCCACCUCGUCUUCCUUCCUCAGUAAGUUUGUUAAGGCGUCCAGCCCGAAGAAGGAGUCGGAGCUUCAGAAGCAAGCACAGAUUGAAUCCAUACAGAACAAGCUCAAGAGGAAGAAGGCCAACGCGGCGGAGGAAAGAGAGAAUAGGCAACCGGCUAGGGUUUCGGAGAGAGAGAAUAGGCAUUCGAGGAAGCGGAGCAGGAGCAGAGAGAGGCAUUCGAUUCGGAGAAGUAGGAGCAGAGAGAGGUAUAGAGAAAGAGAUAGGGGUAGAGAGAGGAGGAGGAUGAGGUCUGAGAGCGAUUCCGAUGGAGGUAGACGACGGAGAUCGAGAAGCCGGAGUCGGAGUCCGUCGCCUCGGGAUCGGAGAAAGGAGCGGAGGAGGAGUCGGAGCUCGUCACCGAGGGAGAGGGGUUCGGAGAGAAGCAAAGGUAAAGCGGGGAAGGAGAGGAAUGGAGGCAGUGCUGAUCAUUCCAAGUUGAUUGAAGGCUAUGAUAAGAUGUCAGCGGCCGAGAGAGUGAAGGCGAAGAUGAAGCUUCAACUUGCUGAAACUGCUGAGAAGGAUACGACGAAAGGGAUGGGCUCGGGUUGGGAAAGAUUCGAGUUCAACAAAGAUGCACCACUUGAUGAUGAAGACGUUGAAGUUGCUGAAGAUGAUGCAGCAUUAGUUAAGCACAUUGGCCAAAGCUUCCGGUUUUCUGCAGUUGAGACAAAAAGGGAGGAGCAGCUCAGAUCUGCUCAUGAUGAGGCUAUGUUUGGUGCAUCAGAUGAUCGACCGACCAUUGUGAUGGAUAGUGAGAUUGAGGCAGAGAACAACAUAAACGACAGCAUAGAAAGUGAGCCUACAACUACAAGCCUCCUGAGUGAGAAGGUACUUUCAAAGAAACAAGGUUCAUGGCGUGAUCGUAUACGUGACAAAGGGAAUUGACAUGGAUGACUUGGGAUAGGUCUUCUCAAAUCCGGUUCAUAUACCAGAUGCAGAUGUCAUGUUGACAUAAUCUGAAGUCAAGUUGAGAUCUGAAAUGGCGAUGGAAGGGGCUGACAUGGAUAUCGGCAUGGAACAUUCUAAUACUACCAUUUUGAGUUUGAUAUGAAGUUACAUGAUGGAGUUGACAACGGAGAUGCACUGAAGUUAGUGGAAAGAAGCUUCUGCGUUGAAGUUAGAGGCCGAAGAACUUCCUUCGUCGGAUCAUUUAUUCCGAGUCAUCCCUGUGUUAAAAAACAGCACUUCUAGAGGGUAUCCCCGAGUCCAUGCUCCUUGAUAGAAAGAGCUUUGAGUAUAUUGCCUGUAGUUUGGCCGAGGAAAACAGUGGCAUUGUAGUCGUAUGAGUAGGCCACUAGUUGUACUCAAGGUUCUAAAAAUCGCUAGGCGCUAGUCGGGCGGCGGGCAGGGGGGCCUAGCGCUUAGGCGGCUAGGCAGGGGUCUAGGCAGAUUUAUGUAAAUUUAUUAUAUAUCUUGUAAAUAAGUGUCUAUUUACACUUAAAAAAAAAU